AACUGUAGCCUUAAAAUGGCUGAAAAAUGCAAGGGAGAGGUAGGAAUACGGACAAGGUUUUGUUUUUAAGUUGAAACAGACUGCCGUUUAGUAUUUAUUAUAAGGUUAAAUGGCUAAGGGAAGAGCGGGGCGCAAGUAAAAUGGAUGUUAAAACUGCGGUUUUUAACGCGGCUAGAGAUGGGAAGCUGAAACUUAUACAGAAGUUGCUGAGCAACAAAAGUCCGGAGGAGUUGGAAGCGCUUGCGGAGGAGAAGACGCAGGGAGGCACCCCGCUCCUCAUCGCUUCCCGGUACGGUCACCUAGAGGUGGUGGAAUACCUCCUCGAGCACUGUAAGGCUAAUGUGGAGCUCGGCGGCUCCGUUAACUUUGAUGGCGAAACGAUUGAGGGAGCGCCCCCUUUGUGGGCGGCUUCGGCCGCGGGUCACCUGCCCGUGGUGCGAACGCUGCUGAAGCACGGCGCAUCGGUAAACAACACCACGCUGACUAACUCCACACCGCUGCGUGCAGCCUGUUUCGAUGGCCACCUAGAGAUCGUCCGCUACCUGGUGGAACACCGCGCCGAUAUGGAGGUGGCUAACCGGCAUGGCCACACUUGCCUGAUGAUCUCCUGCUACAAGGGCCACAAGGAGAUCGCCAAGUUCCUGCUGGAGCGAGGUGCGGACGUCAACCGCAAGAGUGUAAAGGGCAACACUGCGCUGCACGACUGUGCGGAGUCUGGAAGUCUGGACAUCAUGAAGAUGCUGCUGAAAUGCAACGCACGCAUGGAGCGUGAUGGUUAUGGCAUGACUCCGCUGCUGGCCGCCAGUGUGACGGGUCACACCAAUAUCGUGGAGUACCUGGUGCACCAGCCACGCUCCACCAGGGAGGAGCGCGUUGACGCCCUUGAGCUGCUGGGCGCCACCUUCGUGGACAAGAAGCGAGACCUGCUGGGUGCCAUGCGCUACUGGCGCCGCGCCAUGGAGCUGCGACAGCCGGGCGACCGUGUUGGGGCCCUGCUCAAGCCACCGCAGGGGCCCCUGGUGCCUGCGUAUGACUGCGCUCGGGAGGUGAACAGCCUGGAGGAUCUGGAGGCGCUCAUAACUGACCCUGAUGAGAUGCGCAUGCAAGCCCUGCUGGUUCGCGAACGUAUCCUGGGCCCCUCACACCCAGACACCUCUUACUAUAUCCGGUAUCGCGGUGCCGUCUACGCCGACUCUGGUAACUUCGAGCGCUGCAUCAGUUUAUGGAAGUACGCGCUGGACAUGCAGCAGAGCAACUUGGACCCAUUGAGCCCCAUGACGGCCAGCAGCUUCCUGUCCUUUGCCGAGCUUUUCUCCUUCGUGCUCCAGGACCGUGCCAAGGGCACCCUGUCCACGCGGGUCACCUUCCACGACCUGAUGGGUGUGCUGAGCAAGAGCGUGCGCGAGGUGGAGCGGGCGGUGGCGCAGCGUGACGGAGCCCCUGAGGCGCCCCAGUUCACCAAGGCACUAGCUAUCAUCCUGCACCUCAUCUACCUGCUGGAGAAGCUGGACUGCACAGCCGAGCAAGAGCACCACAAGAAGCAGACCGUCUACCGACUCCUGAAGCUCAACCCCCGGGCCCGAAACGGCUACAGCCCGUUGCACAUGGCUGUCGACAAGGAGACCACAGCGGUGGGCCGCUACCCGGUGGGCCGCUUCCCGUCACUGCCGGUGGCCAGCCUGCUGCUGGAGUGUGGAGCGGACGUGGACUCGCGGGACUGCGACAACAACACGCCACUGCAUGUGGCAGCUGCUAACGGCUGCCCGGAGAUCAUGAGCGUGCUGGUGCGGGCUGGCGCCCACUUUGACGCCACCAACGCAGAGCGCAAGGCUGCCUACGAGCUGCUGGAUGAGCGCAGCGCCGGCCGGCACGCGCUGCACCCCCUCAACUACGUCACCCUGCAGUGCCUAGCGGCCCGAGCCAUCGAGAGGCACAGACUGCCGUACAAGGGGCUCAUCUCCGAAGAGAUGGAGGCCUUCAUCGAGCUGCACUGACCCUCUACCCCAUACCUAAACUUCCAUCUCUCCCAUUCUCGCUCUGCCAUCCCCCCCCCAGGCUUAGACCAAAUCAAAGCAAUAACCCCACUAAUCAAAGAUGACAAACCGACCCUCAUUGGUUUCCUUUCUUUGUAGACUUUUUUUAAAAGAGAUUUUAAAGCAGAAACCUUGACGCAUCAGGUUGGGUUUUUUGCUCUUAGCAGGUGGGUCAAUACUUCUGAUUUGAUUUAAGCUGCUGCGGUACCUUCUUCUCUUGCUUUCUGUUGUUCAUGACCCUGUCCCAUCUAUCCUGCACCAGAUGGGGCAGCUUGAUUUGCAGGUAGUGACAGGUAGUAAAUAGGGGUGGGGCAGCAGGGGAGUGGCCCUUGGGGAAUUGUGCACUUUGAUAAACGCAUGCGAUAUGGUAUUCGGAGUGGAGGGUUCGUUUGUUCACUAUCGCUCCUGUACCAAGUUGGUCCAUCAGCUUCCAUGGGGUAAAUCAGAUGAGCUCUCUGGCCAUCGGCUACCCUUUAAUUGAUGAAUCUCGGAACGAGAGGAGAACAGAAUACAGUGCCAAAUUGCCGCUGGGUGUGUCCUCUCUCUGGGCGUCGACUAUUUCAGACCCUCUGAGUGGCCUGGUCGCUUGGCUCCAAGGAUAGCUGGCUCAGGCUCCUUCUCGGAACAUCAGGAACCCUUCCACCCUUGACAUGGGUCUUCUACUCGAAACAUCCCGGAAUGAGUUUGGGCGACCCUGCCCAAGCCGUACAGGUAAACCAGCAUCUGGACAGUGGCGAGAGACACGAUCUUACAGUAUUUGAUUUGAUUAAAGUGGAGGAUUUCUUUAAUCUUAACUGGGAUAGCCUUCUACAAGGAUAAUUACAAGGAACUGGAUGAAACUGGUAUUGAAAGCCUCAGAUGACGGCAGUAAUUUAAGGAGUCUGUAAAAGUUUACUUCAGUGUCAGCAUUUAUAGGAAUGUACACUUCUAUUGAACAGGGACUGUCUAUUAUAUCCAUUUGCUGAUGGAUUGCAAAAUUGGAUAAUGUACUAUAUUUGCCUUUUAGUCUUAUUUUUAUGCAUUUUAAGAUGUUUUUUUCCCCGUUGUUUAAAUCAACCUUAUUUAAAGCACUUUGAAAAAUAGUAGUACUUUAUUUUGCAUCCAGACCAUGCACUCUAACUCAGAGUUACCUGUUUAACAGACUGAUUACCGUUUAACACCUUAUGGUCAAAAAAUACAUUUGAGGUGCCUGAAUAAAAUUCAGAAUCCAG